GUCAUCACGCAGACGGCCGGCAAGGCUGUCGUUUCUUGGAACGUCACGGCCCUACCACCGCGGCGGGCGUUGCGCUGGGACUGGACGUCUCGGGGUUUGGCUGGUCCUGCAGUGCUCAGAGGACCGGGCGCGGCCAUGUACCGGCUUCUGAGCCAUAGCGUCGGCCGAGACCUUCUGCGGGCCGCGGGGCGGCGGUGCCGGGUCUGUCCGGCGCACUUGCUCCCGGUGCGGGCCCGGGGCUGGGCACCUGAGGUGGAGGUGCGGCCAUUCCGAGUCGCGCCGCAGGGCAGGGGCUCCGGCCUGCUGCCGCUGCUGGCAGCUCUCGCGUGGUUCUCGAGGCCCGCAGCGGAGGAGGAGAAGGAGCGGCCGGGUUCGGCCACCGAGGGUGCGGCAGAUGAGGCCGAGGCGGAGAUCAUCCUGCUGCUGAAGCGGGCCAAGUUGAGCAUCAUGAAAGAUGAGCCAGAAGAGGCUGAGCUAAUUUUGCAUGACGCACUUCGUCUUGCCUAUCAGUGUGAUAACAAGAAGGCCAUCACUUACACUUAUGACUUGAUGGCCAACUUAGCAUUUAUACGGGGUCAGCUUGAAAAUGCGGAAAAACUUUUUAAAGCAACAAUGAGUUACCUGCUUGGAGGGGGUAUGCAACAGGAAGACAAUGCAAUCAUUGAAAUCUCUCUAAAGUUGGCUAGUAUCUAUGCUGCUCAGAAUAGGUGUAGAUCAAAGAAGAACCACUUAGGAUGUAAGCAGAGAACUCUAGAGUGUUACAUUUUGGGACACGAAUUUGCUCUUGCUGGCUAUGAAUUCUGCAUUUCAACUCUAGAGGAAAAAAUUGAAAGAGAAAAGGAAAUAGCAGAAGAUAUUCUGUCAGUGGAUGAGAAAGCCAAUACCCACCUCCUCCUUGGCAUGUGCUUAGAUGCUUAUGCUCGCUACCUUCUAUUGUCCAAGUAUCCGUCACAGGCACAAAAGAUGUAUGAAAAAGCUUUGCAUAUUUCUGAAGAAAUACUAGGAGAAACACACCCACAGACCAUUGUGCUGAUGAGUGACUUGGCUACCAGCCUGGAUGCACAAGGCCACUUGGAUGAGGCCAGUUUUUACGUACAGAGGGCAUCAGAUCUGGCAAGACAAACAGAACAUCCUGAGCUACACAUGGUGCUCAGUAAUCUGGCUGCAAUUCUGAUGCACAGAGACCAGAGCUACCUAUCUCAUGGGAAAAAGGGGAUUAUGUGCAGUCUUUUGCUUGACAAUAACAGGAGAAUUAAACCUGAAGUAAUGCUGACCUUCAGACAGAGGGAAAGAAAGGAGGAGAGGGAGAGAAACAUCAUUGUGAGAGAAAGACAUCAAUCUGUUGCCUCUCCUAUGUGCACCCACCAAGGACUGAACUGCAAAUCCAGGCAUGUGCCCUGACUGAGAAUUGAACCCACAGCCCUUCAGUUGAUGAUGGGAUGAUGCUUCAACCAAGGGAUCCACACAGGCCAGGGCUUAUUCACUUUUUAUUGAUACUGUCUCCUUGAUUAAGUUAUGAGCUUUUAUUCAUUUUUCUGUACUGGAGUAGUCCCCCCACUAUGCAGUCAGUACUCAAUACUAUCUGUUGGAUUGACUGCUACCCUACCGAUUUCAUAUUGCAAAUAAUGUAUUUUGAA